AUGACUUCUUCCAACCCUGACCAGCGCCUGGAGCAUCUCCUCAGCGCCGUGGAGAGCGAGUUCCAGAAGGGCAGCGAGAAGGGAGACGCGUCCGAGAGGGAUAUUAAGCUGACGCUGGAUGAUGCAGACUUGUGGACCAAGUUCAAAGAGUUAACCAACGAGAUGAUUGUCACCAAAACUGGAAGGAGGAUGUUUCCGGUGCUCAGGGCCAGCGUUAGCGGCCUGGACCCCAACGCCAUGUACUCGGUGCUGCUGGAUUUUGUGGCCGCGGACAACAACCGGUGGAAAUACGUGAACGGGGAGUGGGUCCCCGGUGGGAAACCGGAGCCCCAAAGCCCCAGCUGCGUCUACAUCCACCCGGACUCCCCCAACUUCGGAGCGCACUGGAUGAAAGCGCCCGUCUCCUUCAGCAAAGUGAAACUCUCCAAUAAACUCAACGGGGGCGGACAGAUCAUGCUGAAUUCUCUGCACAAAUACGAGCCAAGGAUUCACAUUGUGAAGGUUGGAGGCAUCCAGAAGAUGAUCAGCAGCCAGUCUUUCCCCGAAACACAGUUCAUUGCGGUCACUGCUUACCAGAAUGAAGAGAUUACUGCUCUGAAGAUAAAGCACAAUCCCUUUGCUAAAGCCUUCUUGGAUGCCAAAGAAAGGAGCGACCAUAAAGAUGUCCCUGAUCACAGUGUGGACAACCAACAGUCUGGCUAUUCUCAGCUUGGAGGUUGGUUCCUCCCAGGCCAGAGUCCUAUCUGCCCCAGCAGCAGCCCUCCUCAGUUCAGUGGCACGGGAGGUCACUCCUCCGGCUCCUACUGCGAGCGCUAUUCCAGCCUGAGGAGCCACAGAGCAGCCCCGUACCCCAGCCACUACACCCACCGUGCCUCCAGCACAAACAACUACAUGGACAACUCUUCAGGGACUCUUGCCCAUGACAGCUGGUCUGCUCUUCAGAUCCCCAACUCCACAGGCAUGGGCACUCUGUCCCACACCACCAACUCCACAUCUAAUUCCAGUCAGUACCCCAGCCUGUGGUCAGUAGCCGGCACCACCCUCACCCCUUCAGGCUCGGCCUCAGGCUCCAUACCUGGAGGUUUGACCUCCCAGUUCCUGAGGGGCUCCUCCUACACGGGCCUGACCUCCUCGCUGCCCGUCUCCUCUCCCUCCUCCAUGUAUGACCCCAGCCUGAGCGAGGUUGGGGUCGGGGAAGCCCAGUUCGAGAGCUCCAUCGCCAGGCUGACCGCGUCCUGGGCGCCGGUGGCUCAGAGCUACUAAGCAGCAGCUUAAACUUCCAACGUCCCUGAAGGAGCAGGACUAAAGACAUACAUGAAAGGUUCUGGAGAAGAUGUGGAAAUCACAAGUCCUGCAAGGAUCCCUUUUGUCUCCAGUUUGUGAAAAAGCUUAGAUGAUUCAUUCCAGGGCCUCUGAUUUAAAUAACACUUAGGCUAAAGUUAGGCUGGAGUCAUUCUGAACAAACUUGAUGUGCAAAGACAAUCAUCUCCUUCCAUGUUGGACAAUAUCAUACCUUAGAAUAUUAAGCCUUAGAAUAGCUGCACGGUCAGAACUCCUUCUUUGCUCUUAGUAAUUCCCAACAUGCUUAUUACACAUUUAUAACAUGUUUACUACACCUAUUUUUAAAUCUCCUUUAGCGCCAAACAACCAAACUCAACUGAAAAAUCCUUGAUAUUUUUGUUUUUAUUCUUAAAUAUAUAAGAUGACAUGGUUCUGCUAACAUAAAUGUGUAUAUGUGUGUAAAUAGAAUAAAUUAACGUCCAGUGUUUUCCAAAUGAAUAUGCCUUUUCUGAUUGCAAUAAACGUCCCAAGAUCGGACGGAGAGACACAAGUGCCUUCUGCAUCCUGGCAGGGUUUUGUCAGGCCUAAAGACCCCCAGCCCUCCCCCCGCACAAACACGUGUACAUAACUAUCUAUUUGUAUUUGAACU